UGCAGCAGCCGUGCACCAGGAGCUCUAGAGGGAGGGUCUCUGAGUGCGAGCAGAGUUUUUAUGUCUCUGCUUUCAUUCAGUGGAUGCUCAGUGGCCCUUGCACAGCUUGGAUUUAACUGUUGACCGGCUGGCUAACAGGUGGCGCUUGGAGAAACAGUGAGAGGACUGUGUGUGGUGCUGCUGCACACUGGGACACUUGGAAGACUGUUGAAGGAGCGAGCAGCAUGUUGAGUGUCCGGACGUGGUUCCUUCUCCUGGUUGUCUGUGCUGGGAGCUUGGAGGCCUGGUUUUGGAAUUCAAAACCAGAAAAAACCACAGAGACCCCAUUAGAGACAACCACGGCAGGAACGACAGGUGCCACCCCAACACCUGGUGGCACAAAGAAGGAGGAUGAUGAUGAUGAUGAUGAUGACAAUUUGUCCGGGGUUGGGGAAGAAAUCAUCAAUGUGGCCACUGGAAUCCGUAAGUUUGUCGAGGCGUGGGAUGUGACCCCGACCACCGGGACUACUAACGGAGGCCUGACAGAGAAGGUGGAGAGCGCUAACCCUAACACAACGGAGCAGAGUGGUGUCUCUUUGCUCCAGCUAAUCGGAGACCCACCACCAGAUGAAAUCACCAAGGCCUACGGGCCGAGAGGGGAGACCUCCUACAUCUUCACCCCUGCGGCGGUGUCGGGCCAGCCGGCUCUGGCCCACGUCCCCAACCCUUUCUAUCGCCACUUCUCUCUCAUCUUCUACAUCAAGCCCUACACUCCCGCCGCCUCCGUCCUCUUUUCCAUCACAGACCAGUCCCAGAAGCUCAUUUACAUCGGCGUCAAGCUCACGGCAGUGCAGUCCGGCCGACAGAAGGUGCAGCUUUUCUACACCGAGCCUGAUUCAGAGGCUUCAUAUGAGGCGGCCAGCUUUAGCGUGCCGAGUCUGGUGGACACCUGGACUCGCUUCUCGUUGUCUGUUUUUGAGGAGCAGGUGACUUUCUACCAGGGCUGCGACUCUGAGCCACAGGUGGUGAAGUUUGAGCGUUCGCCGGAUCCCAUGGAGCUCGACACAGGAUCGGGGAUCUUUGUGGGUCAGGCAGGAGGAGCCGACACUAAUAAGUUUCAGGGUGAGAUUGCAGAGCUGAAAGUGGUGGGAGACCCUCAUGCGGCUGAGCGUUUGUGCGAUGACGACGAUGACUCUGACGCCGCCUCUGGUGAUUUUGGCAGCGGUGAAGGCGACAAAAGAGAGACAGGUCACACUGUGAAGACCACUCCUGCAACCUUGCGGCCAGUGCCUGAACCUCCACUGAUAUCCUCAAAAGGAACCAGAAUUUCUUCUGAAACAGACGACAGGUAUCAACAGCCGUCGGUGGACAACAGCCGGCCUGGACCACCAGGCGCAAGAGGUCCCAGUGGUGCUAAAGGUGAGAAAGGUGACAGAGGAGAGAAAGGCACACAGGGGGAGAGAGGUCUCCAAGGGCCGAAAGGAGACUCUGGUUCUGCUUCUGCUUCUGGUUCUGGUUCCUCCUCACAAGCUGGAGGAGGACAGAAGGGAGAAAAAGGUGCAAAGGGUAAUUCUGGCUUCGGAUACCCCGGCAAUAAAGGCGACCGUGGGGCUCCAGGGCCUCCUGGGCCCCCUGGUCCUCCUGGACCCGCAGCUGAGGUGGUCAGUCUUGGAGAUGGUGCUGUUGUGCAGAAGGUGGCUGGACCCGCUGGACCUCCAGGACCACCGGGGUCAGAUGGGCCUGCCGGACCUCCAGGAGCUGAUGGAGAGCCUGGUGAUCCAGGAGAGGACGGAAAAGCUGGUCCUGCUGGGCCACAAGGCAUCCCAGGAGGUCCAGGAACUCCUGGUGCUAAAGGCCAAAAGGGUGAUCGUGGAGAAGGUCAACCUGGACCCAGAGGCCCCCCAGGUCCACCAGGACCUCCUGGGCCUGGCACCGGUGACCGCCCAACGUUUGUUGACAUGGAGGGAUCAGGAUUCCCAGACUUGGACAAAGUCCGGGGUCUUCCAGGUCCCCCAGGCCCUCCAGGCCCUCCUGGGAACCCUGGUACUUCUGUAGCAAUGGGUGCCAACGGUCCAGUAGCAUUCGGACCUCCUGGACCACCUGGACAGGAUGGAGCCCCUGGUCUACCAGGGCCACCUGGUCCUCCAGGUUCACCCGGUCAACCAGGAUCCAGAGGAGAGAAGGGUGACUGUGGUGAACUCGGUCUUCCAGGAGCAGCUGGGGAAAAGCAAGACGCGCAAGACUCCAACUUUUUCACCAGCCUGUUCUCUUACUUUGCUCCAUCCUCUACGGGUGCUCGGGGUGACCAAGGACAGGCGGGUACAGCAGGGGAGACUGGGCUGGCAGGGCUUCCAGGCCCCAUGGGACCGGUUGGACCUCCAGGACCCCCCGGGCCACCAGGGCCACCAUACGGCUUUGGCCAUGGUGACCAGGAAGGGCGUGAGGUGAUCAAUGGCUUGCCUGGACACAGAGGCCCACCUGGACCACAGGGUCCACCGGGUAUUGCAGGCCUUCCAGGUAGACCAGGUUUGCCAGGCAACCAUGGAGACAAAGGAGCAGAGGGACAGAGAGGACCACCUGGGGUUCCAGGUGUGGAUGGAUUCCCUGGACAGUCGGGUGAAAAGGGAGACAGAGGAGAGAAAGGAGAAAGCGGUCGGCCAGGGCGAGACGGCGGACCACCUGGACCUCCAGGGCCUCCCGGACCUCCAGGACAGACCAUCUACCACACAACAGGAGAUUAUAACGACAUAUUUUGGAACGAAGGGGGGCAGGGGGGAGCAGGUGUUCCAGGUCGAGCAGGAUUCCCGGGACCAAUAGGACCAAAAGGAGAAAAAGGGGACACCGGUCCUGCAGGAUAUGCACCGAAGGGGGAGAAAGGAGAGCCUGGUAUCAUUAUUGGACCUGAUGGACAACCUAUGUUCCUGGGUGGCCUGGCAGGAAAGCCGGGUGACAGUGGACCUCCUGGCCCAGUAGGACCUCCAGGUCCACAUGGUCCUUUGGGCCCGAAAGGAGAGAUUGGGUUUCCAGGUAGACCAGGUCGGCCAGGGCUAAAUGGUGUCAAAGGGGAGAAGGGAGAUUCAAGUGGCGGAUCUGGAUAUGGGUACCCUGGUCCCCCAGGUCCACCGGGUCCACCUGGACCUCCUGGACCUCCUGUUCCCAUCGACAGACUUGGAGGACAUGACGGUACCUCCAGGUAUUACCCUGGUCCUAAAGGAGAGAAAGGUGAUCGUGGAACACCGGGGACACCUGGAUUACCAGGCACCACAACAGACUUUGAUAUUUACGCUUUAAAGAAUGUGUUUAAAGGUGAACCAGGCAGCCCAGGCUUUAAAGGAGAGAAAGGAGAACCAGGUGGAGGAUAUUAUGACCCCCGCUAUGGAGGAAGUGGAGUCGGAGUCCCGGGAGCGCCAGGACCUCAAGGCCCCAAAGGUGAGUCCAUUGUUGGCCCUCCAGGCCCUCAGGGGCCACCUGGUCCACCAGGAAGAGGCUAUGAUGGGCAACCUGGACCACCAGGGCCACCUGGACCUCCAGGACCAGGCCUACCGGGGACUUACGGGGGCACACAGACUAUCAAUAUUCCUGGACCACCGGGACCACCUGGAGCGCCUGGAGUACCUGGACACUCUUCAGGGGUGACAGUGAUGAGGUCCUAUGACGCCAUGACAUCCACCGCUAGAAGACAACCUGAAGGUUCUCUGGUGUAUAUUAUAGACCGAACAGAUCUCUACUUACGAGUCCGAGAUGGAGUUCGUCAAGUCCAGCUCGGGGGCUACAUCCCUUUGCCCAAUGCAGAUGGUAAUGAGGUUGCAGCAGCAGAGCCUCCCCAAGCCGUUCCAUACUCCCCUGACCAACACUCCAACUCCAACACCUCCACACAUGACUCCCAAAGGCCACCUGAGAGUCCGGUCAACCCCCAUCAUCCAACCCACCCAGACCCUCGAUACCCAUCAAACCCUGAUCCCAGAUACCCAACCCACCCUGAUCCCAGAUACCCAACCCACCCUGAUCCCAGAUACCCAACCCAUUCUGAUCCCAGAUACCCAACCCACCCUGAUCCCAGAUACCCAACACACUCUGAUCCCCGACACCCAACCCAGCCUAAUCCCAGAUAUCAUCCUGAUGCUCGACAUCAGCCGGAUCCGCGGUACCCAGCACCGUCAGAUCCCAGGUUUCCAAGUUACAAAGACCGCUUGUACCAACCAGACGGUAGGCAUCCUGUUGAUUCAGCGCAGGAACGCCCACCAUACCCAGACAGUCGCUAUGCAGUCACCACUCAGCGAAGACCAUCUCCCCCUGUGCCCCAGACUCCAGUCCAUCAUCAUACCUCAGGUGCAGGGCUCCACCUGAUUGCCGUGAACAGCCCUCAGACCGGUGCCAUGCGGGGCAUCCGGGGCGCAGAUUUCCUGUGCUUCUCUCAGGCUCAAGCCAUCGGGAUGAAAGGAACAUUCCGCGCCUUCCUGUCUGCCAAGCUCCAGGAUCUCCACAGCAUCGUCCGCAAGGCUGACAGAGACCAUUUGCCAAUAGUCAACCUGAAGGAUGAGGUUCUGUUUGACAGCUGGGACGCCAUCUUCAAUGGCGGCAAAAUGAAGGACGUGCCGCUCUACUCCUUCGAUGGCAAAAACAUUCUCAAUGACAACACAUGGCCAGAGAAGAUGAUGUGGCAUGGGUCAACCGCCGCUGGGCAGCGGCAUGUUGACAGUUUCUGCGAGACGUGGCGUGUGGGUGACCAGGCACUGACCGGCAUGGCAUCAUCGCUGCAGAGUGGCAGUCUGCUCCAGCAGAGCUCCAGCAGCUGCUCCAGCUCCUACGUCUUGCUGUGCAUCGAGAACAGCUAUGUCAACCAUGCCAAGAGAUAGACACACACAUGCACACGACACUGGACAAAGGGAAAUCUUAAAGCUCAUGCUUAUAUCCUCAUUGUUGCUAAGUACACACACACACACUCACUUUUUAUGUAUCUAUGCACCGCAUGUGGUGCCUUGUAAAUAAAUGUUUUUCUAAAUAAUAAUUAGUUUAUGUUUGUUAGCCCCUCAUAUAUGGUGCUAUACAGGAUUAUCCUACAUGUUGAGCGUUAGUCUCUCAAGCUCAGGUGACAUACAGUUACAAACCCUCUGGCAGCCAUAUUGGAGAUCCACAACUCUGAGGCAGAAGUAGCCUUAAAAACUGUUUAUGACUCCAAAGAUACAGCUUUGUUGUCCUUUCUUUGCUGUUUGUGACUUAUCAGCUAGCAGUCACUAUAAUGUUAAUAUAAAUAUUGAAAUUAGCUUGUUUGCUGCUAGCUAGCAACCCAGUUUAAAGGGUCAGUUCACCCAAAUUACAUUAAAAACAUAUGUUUUCACUAAAGCUGCAACUAACAAUUAUUUUCAUUUUCGAUUAAUCUGUCGAUUAUGUUCUAGAUUAAUUGAUUAGUUGUUUGGUUGGCAAAAUAUCAGGAAAUGUUGAAACAUGUCAAUUAUUGUUUCCCAAAGCCAAAGAUGCAACCUCAGAUGUCUGGUUUUGUCUCGUCCAACAGUCCAAAACCCAAAGAUGUUCAGUUUAAAGUCAUAGAAGACAAAAGAAACCAGAAAAUAUUCACAUU